AUGGCAAUAAAAGCCUCCCUAGUAUUCCUCUCUGUUCUCGCCGCCACCCUCACAACUCAUGCCGCCGAUCCCAACAUCCUCACCGACUUCAUCACCCCCCCAGGACUAACUCCAAAUGCCACCUUCUUCACCUUCACAGGAUUCAAACACGCCAUUACAAGUAAACCAAAUAAUGUUCCCUUCAAACUCACCAAAGCUACGCAAGCCGAAUUCCCCGCCCUCACCGGCCAAAGCGUCUCCCUAAGCGUUCUCCAGUUCGCCCCCAGCCCCACCGGCCUCAACCCACCCCAUUUCCAUCCUCGCUCCGCAGAGCUCUUGCUCGUCAUACAGGGGACAGUUAACGUUGGCUUGAUUGAUUCUGCCAAUCGGCUCUACACUCAGACGUUAUAUGCCGGCGACGCAUUUGUAUUCCCCAAAGGGCUUGUUCACUACCAGGUUAAUGGCGACUCCAAAUACCCCGCAGUUGCUGUAUCUGCUUUUGGCAGCGCUAGUCCCGGAGCCAUCUCUCUGCCCAAAAACCUUUUUGGGAGUGGGAUUUUCGAUUGGGUGUUGGCCCAAUCCUUUAAAACUGAUGCGGCCACUAUCAGAAAACUUGUUUCAGCUAAUUCGAGUUGAU